GCAGUUUUUCGUGCACGAUUGUCACUGAGCGGAUGGGCGUCUGCGCUUCCGUAUUCCUCCCGUCCUCGCCACUAGUCCCUAGGCAUCAGACCCAGUUGCUCUGCAAAGUUCAUGUUGAGCGUGUUGUGUUUUAAAGUGCUCAGGAAGAUGCAGAGACGGCACAGCAGCAUCACGGAUAGCCUUCCUCCAGAACGAAACCGGAGUCAGGUCAUCACCUCCGAGACGAGCGUGGAGGAAGGCGGCGUUUUCGAAGGCCUCAAGACGGAAGCGCCCUCUCCGCAGCAGCUGUUCUCGGGGCUGGCGGGCAUCCCGUCGGGCGCGAUCUCGGCCGCCCCGUUCCCGUCCAGUCUGGUCCUGGGCUCCUCGGCAGGCGGCGGGGAGGUGUUCAUCCAGAUGCCCGCCUCGCGGGACGAGGGGGCCAGCCGGACAGAAGGGGCCCCGUAUCACCACCGCCAGCAGUCGCUCCAUUACCACCACAGCCACCAGCGUGGGUCGGGCUUGCUGCACAUGGCCGGCGGGGACCGCCACGGGCACUCGGAGGAGGGCCCGGAGGACCCGCCCGGGACCCCGGCCCCGGCCCUCUCCGAGCUGAAAGCUGUGAUCUCCUGGCUGCAGAAGGGGCUCCCGUUCAUCGUGAUCCUCAUGGCCAAAGUCUGCUUCCAGCACAAGCUUGGAAUUGCUCUUUGCAUCGGCAUGGCCAGCACAUUUGCAUAUGCAAACUCGACUCUCCGGGAACAAGUCUCCUUGAAGGAGAAAAGGUCCGUGCUGGUUGUGUUCUGGAUCCUGGUCUUUCUCGCAGGAAACACCUUCUACUUGCUCUAUACGUUCAGCUCCCAGCAGCUGUAUAACAGCCUCAUAUUUCUGAAGCCUAACCUGGAGAAGGUGGAUUUCUUCGAUCUCAUGUGGAUUGUGGGCAUCACGGACUUCGUCCUCAAGUACCUCACCAUCGCCUUGAAGUGCCUGGUUGUCGCACUGCCGAAAAUCAUCCUGGCUGUUAAAUCUAAGGGGAAGUUCUACCUGCUCAUCGAAGAGCUGAGCCAGCUGCUCCGCUCCUUGGUCCCCAUCCAGCUGUGGUACAAAUACAUCAUGGGAGAUGACCCGUCCAGUGGCUACUUCCUUGGCGGGAUUCUUCUGGUCAUGUACAGUCUCUGCAAGUCUUUCGACAUCUGUGGCCGCAUUGGAAGUGUGCGGAAGGCCCUGAAGGUCCUCUGUACCCCUCAGAGCUACGGAGUCCGAGCCACGAACCAGCAGUGCAGCGAGGCAGGGGACAUCUGCGCCAUCUGCCAGGCCGAAUUCAGGGAGCCACUGGUCCUUUUGUGCCAGCACGUCUUCUGCGAAGAAUGCCUCUGCCUUUGGUUCGAUCGGGAGAAGACUUGCCCCCUCUGCCGGUCCGUAGCUGUGGAGACUCUCCGGUGUUGGAAGGACGGCACCACCUCGGCUCAUUUCCAGGUGUACUAACGCCCGGGUUUUUCGAGGAGACGGGGUCUUUCUGGAGGGGUGAGGAGGGAGAGCGAGGAGGAGUGGCCGGGAACUCGCCUGCUGGCCCCGCCACUUGCACCCCACACCCUUCUUCGCAAGGCAUGCAAUGGAUUGACGGAUGGCUUGAUGCAAUGAAGGGGGCGGGUGCAUUUCAGGCUCUCCACGGCUGCAAAGCGGGAUUCUCUUUGCAAAGUGGGAUGCUCACGAUCACACGUAGCGCUCCACUGAACACGAGCUGCCGGGGCGAAGGGACACGGAGCUGGCUGCUUGGACCCAACCUGAUGCAGCAGGUCAGGCUGACCUCUGUGUUUCCUGAGGCACGUGCCCAGCUGGACAGCUUGGUAGGUUUGUGGAAGGGCCCUUGCAACAGCGUAUCCACCGGUGUGUUAACCUUGGUUACACCACCCCUCUGUUAACAUGGCACAAUUACCCAAGAAUGCAGUUUGAAUUUCAUGCAUUGCCUUGUGUUGCCAUCUGGGCUUCCCAAAAUGGCUCUUUGCUCUGCAUCAGUUAGUUGGCUGUGUAUAUUGGUGAUGUUUUUAAAUAGAGAUUCAUUUUCGUCAACCUUUACAUGGAACUCCCAGGGGCUUCCGCUCCUCAUCGAUCGGUGCUCAUGCCAUUGAACAGGGCAUAAUUGCCUCAUUAGCUCAUCAUGCUAAACCAUGGUGUGGUUUGUCAAACUCCAGCUUGCUUUGCCUGAACACAACCGCAUAAACAAACCAUGGUUCAUUAACCAGUUGUAAACCAAAGAUAAAAUCACGGUUUAUUGCUGGCUUAUCGAGUCUGGCUUGUGAUGUCUGAACCCAGAACUGUGGUUUAUCUUAUUCGCAUUUUAGCCUAUCCUAAAACAGAGGCACCCAGCAAGAGCAGCUUGGAAAUGAAACUGCUCCGAAGGCUGGGAGCAUGGGUUAGUGAAAAACAAACUAGAAAUAGGGAAGACAAGCUACAUGCGUUGUGUAAUUUGUGGCUAAACCAACAAACCAUGGUUAACAUAAACUAUGGUGAGACAUGUGGAAACACAACCACAGUCUACAAGCUACCUCCAUGUAUGCACCGCAGCAAAAAUGUUGUGUGUGGGGGGGUGUCUCUACAUUAGGCUUGUCCAGAUGUCUGUCCGAUGCUGCACGCUCCUUUCUUUCCCCUUUUCCCGUUGCGCAGUAGCUUCGGUGCAAAACUCCCAGCUUGCGCAAAGACCAAGUUCACCGUUACGUUUACUCUCCUGGCUUGUUCAGUGAUGUGAAGCCAGAAUUUCCAGUGAAAAUUUCUUGCCAUUCAUCUUCAUGCCAGUGAAUGGCAAGAAAGCCGAGGGAGGGGCACGGGACCCUUGUGCUUGGGCACAGCCUUGUAAAACAGGACUGAUGGGUGGUAAUUGACGUACAGCCGUUGUCCAUUCUUUUCUUUGUGGAGGAAAAUGGAAUUCUCUGAAACACACAGGGCGUAGAAUAAAGCAUUCCAGUUGCAAAGGGAAUGGAUGGUAUUGAUUUAUAUUUUUCCAUGCAAAAGGAUGAUCUGCUUCUUUGGAAUUGGGUGGGGAGGAGAGGAAUCCUAGGAUUGGGACCAAACACAGUUUACCCAUGGUCCCAGUCUGGUCUUCCACAGCUCCCAAAAUAGCCCCCCACUAUUCCCCAGCUACCGAGAGUGUUGUGGUUUCCCAACUUUUGUGC